UUGGUAGAGAAGUGUAGAAUGGAAGGAUGUGGGUGGAGGGGUGUAGUGUAGAGGGUUGUGGAUGAAGGAGUAAGAUGGAGGGAUGUGGAUGGAGGAGUGCAGAAUAGAGGAAUGUGGGUGGAGGGAGGUAGAAUUGAGUGAUGUGGGUUAAGGAGUGUAGAAUGGAGGCAUGUGGGUGGAGGAAUGUAGAAUAAAGAUGUGGGUGUAGGAGUGUAGAAUAGAAAGAUGUGGGUGGAAAAGUGAAGAGUAGAGGGAUGUGGGCGAAAGAGUGUAGAAUAGAAAGAAGUGUGGUUGGAGGAAAGUAGAAUAGAGGGAUGUGGGUGGAGGAAUAUAAAAUAGAGUGAUAUGGAUAGAGGAGUGUAGAAUAGAAGGAUGUGGACAGAGGAGUGUGGAGUAGAGGGAUGUGGGUGGAGGAGUACAGAAUGGAGGGAUGUGGAUGGAGGACUGUAGAAUAGAGGGCUGUGGGCAGAGGAGUGUAGAAUAGAGGGAUGUAGGUGGAGCAGUGUAGAAUAGAGGGCUGUGGGCAGAGGAGUGUAGAAUAGAGGGAUGUAGGUGGAGCAGUGUAGAAUAGAGGGCUGUGGGCAGAGGAGUGUAGAAUAGAGGGCUGUGGGCAGAGGAGUGUAGAAUAGAGGGAUGUAGGUGGAGCAGUGUAGAAUAGAGGGCUGUGGGCAGAGGAGUGUAGAAUAGAGGGAUGUAGGUGCAGCAAUGUAGAAUAGAAAGAUGUGGGUGGAGGAAUGUAGAAUUGAGGGAUGUGGGUGAAGGAGAGUAAAAUGGAGGGAUGUGGGUGGAGGAAAGUAGAAUAAAGAUGUGGGUGUAGGGGUGUAGAAUGGAAGGAUGUGAGUGGAGAAGUGUAGAAUAGAGAGGUGUGGAUGGAGGAAUGCAGAAUAGAGAGAUGUGGAUGGAGGAGUGCAAAAUAGAGGGAUGUGGAUGGAGGAGUGCAGAAUAGAUGGAUGUAGGUCGAGUAGUGUAGAAUAGAGAGAUGUAGAUGGAGGAGUGUAGAAUAGAAGGAUGUGGAUGAAGGUGUGUAGAGUAGAAGGAUGUGGGUGGAGGGAUGUAGGAUAGAGGGAUGUGGGUGGAGGAAAGUAGAAUAGAGGGAUGUAGGUGGAGGAGUGUAAAAUAGAGGGAUAUGGAUGGAGGAGGGUAGAAUAGAGGGAUGUGGAUGAAGGAGUGUAGAAUAGAGGGAUGAGGAUGGAGGAGUGUAAAAGGGAGGGAUGAGGAUGGAGGAGUGUAGAAUAGAGAGAUGUAGAUGGAGGAGCAUAGAAUAGAGGGAUGUGGAUGAAGGAGUGUAGAAUAGAGGGAUGAGGAUGGAGGAGUGUAAAAGGGAGGGAUGAGGAUGGAGGAGUGUAGAAUAGAGAGAUGUAGAUGGAGGAGUGUAGAAUAGAAAGAUGUGGAUGGAGGAGUGUAGAAUAGAAGGAUGUGGGUGGAGAAGUGUAGAAUAGAGGGAUGUGGAUGGAGGAGUGUAGAAUAGAAAGAUGUGGGUGAAGAAGUGUAGAAUAGAGGGAUGUGGAUGGAGGAGUGUAGAAUGGAAGGAUGUGGGUUGAAUAGUGUAGAAUAGAGAGAUGUGGGUGGAGGAGUGUCGAAUAGAGAGAUGUGGGUAGAGAAGUGUAAAAUAAAGAGAUACGGAUGGAGGGAUGUAGAAUAGAAGGGUGUGGGAGGGGCUUGGCGUCUCCCGCGCGCAGCCGUGUGGUGUAGCGCGCGCUCCUCUUCAUUAGAAAAGGUAUCAGCUCAUAGGAGGGAACAGCAUCGCGAGGCAGCAGGAAGAGGAGGAGGAGGAGGAGGAGAGAGAGGAAAAAAAGAGACGGAGGGAGAGGAGGACAGCAGAGCUGCAUUCCAUCCUUCCUCCAGAGCACGAGCCCGAGGCGCUGAAGCGAGGAGCUACCUGCAGAAACCAGAGAGGAAAAAAAAAAACCACAAAGCUAAAAAAAAGCUCCUCGCGCCUCCAGCAUGCUGCGGAUUUAACAGGCGGAGUUUGUGCGCGCCUCGACCAGGACCGUUCUCCUGCAGGGUGGAUGAGCGCUCAAACAUACGGAGAUGCAACAGAUAAAGAGCCUCGCGCUGCUUUUCCACGCGCUUUUCUGGGGACUCGCCCUCGGAGGGUCUCCCAGUGUGCAGAUAGGUGGCUUGUUUCCCAGAGGAGCGGAUCAGGAGUACAGUGCAUUCCGGAUAGGCAUGGUUCAGUUCGCCACGACUGAGUUCCGACUCACUCCACACAUCGACAAUCUGGAAGUGGCGAACAGCUUCGCCGUGACGAACUGCUUCUGUUCGCAGUUUUCCAGAGGAGUUUAUGCUAUUUUUGGAUUCUACGACAAGAAGUCGGUGAACACGAUAACGUCGUUCUGCGGGACGCUGCACGUUUCCUUCAUCACCCCCAGCUUCCCGCUGGACGGCACCCAGCAGUUCAUCCUCCAGAUGAGGCCGGACAUCAAAGGGCCUCUGCUGAGCCUCAUCGAGUACUACAAGUGGGACAAAUUCGCCUACCUGUACGACAGUGACCGAGGACUGACCACCCUGCAGGUGGUGCUGGACACAGCAGCGGAGAGAAAAUGGCAGGUGACGGCGAUAAACGUGGGCAACAUGAAGGACGAGAGGAAGGACGAGGCUUACCGGUCACUCUUCCAGGACCUGGAGAACAAGAAGGAGAGAAGGGUCAUCCUGGACUGCGAGCAGGACAAAGUCAAGGACAUCAUGGAGCAGAUCAUAACCAUUGGAAGGCAUGUGAAGGGAUAUCACUACAUCAUAGCAAACCUGGGAUUUGUGGAUGGAGACCUGUCCAAAAUCCAGUACGGAGGAGCCAACGUCUCAGGCUUCCAGAUCGUAGAUUUUGAAGACCCUUUGGUGUCAAAAUUUGACCAGCGCUGGGAGGCUCUGGAGGAAAAAGAAUAUCCAGGAGCUGAUAGCAAGAUACGGUACACCUCAGCACUGACCUAUGAUGCGGUCCAGGUGAUGACCGAGGCCUUCCGAUACCUCCACAAGCAGCGCAUUGACAUUUCCCGCAGGGCUAAUAAUGGGGAUUGCCUGGCUAACCCGGCUGUUCCGUGGGCGCAGGGAGUGGAGAUCGAACGCGCCCUCAAACAGGUUCGAGUUGAAGGUCUGACCGGCAAUAUUCAGUUUGAUCAGUAUGGGAGGAGGGUUAAUUACACAGUCAACGUCAUGGAACUGAAAAGCAAUGGUCCAGUUAAGAUUGGUUACUGGAAUGAAGUCGAUAAGAUGGUGGUCACAAAAUCAGACCUUUUCCCCAACGAUACGAUGGGUCUGGAGAACAAGACUGUAAUAGUGACCACUAUUCUGGAAGCACCGUAUGUGAUGCUGAAGAAGAACGCUGAUCUCUUUGUGGAUAAUGAGAGAUACGAGGGCUACUGUGUAGACCUGGCCGCUGAAAUUGCCAAACACUGUGGCUUCAAGUACCGUCUGAAAAUAGUGGAGGAUGGAAAAUACGGAGCCAGGGAUGCAGAGACAAAAAUCUGGAAUGGAAUGGUUGGAGAGUUGGUUUAUGGGAAAGCUGACAUAGCUGUGGCUCCGUUGACCAUCACCUUGGUCAGAGAGGAGGUGAUAGACUUCUCAAAGCCCUUCAUGAGCCUGGGCAUUUCCAUUAUGAUCAAGAAGCCACAGAAGUCCAAGCCCGGUGUGUUUUCGUUCCUGGACCCGCUGGCCUAUGAGAUCUGGAUGUGCAUCGUAUUCGCCUACAUUGGAGUGAGUGUUGUGCUUUUCCUGGUCAGCCGCUUCAGCCCAUACGAGUGGCACACAGAGGAGUAUGAGGACGGACAGAUCCAGACCAACGAGUCUACAAAUGAAUUUGGGAUAUUUAACAGCCUCUGGUUUUCUCUCGGAGCCUUCAUGAGGCAAGGCUGUGAUAUUUCACCCAGGUCACUCUCUGGCCGUAUCGUUGGCGGAGUGUGGUGGUUCUUCACUCUGAUCAUCAUCUCGUCCUACACAGCCAACCUGGCUGCGUUCCUCACAGUGGAGCGGAUGGUGUCUCCCAUUGAGAGCGCAGAGGAUUUGGCCAAACAAACAGAGAUCGCUUAUGGAACAUUAGAUUCCGGAUCCACCAAAGAGUUCUUCAGGCGUUCUAAAAUCGCUCUCUUUGACAAAAUGUGGACGUACAUGCGCAGCGCCGAGCCGUCCGUGUUUGUGAAAACAACGGCAGAAGGUGUGCUGCGCGUGCGGAAGUCCAAAGGGAAGUACGCCUACCUGUUGGAGUCCACCAUGAACGAAUACAUCGAGCAGCGCAAACCCUGCGACACCAUGAAGGUCGGCGGCAAUCUGGACUCCAAAGGCUACGGGAUCGCCACGCCCAAAGGAUCCUCAUUAAGAAAUGCGGUUAACCUCGCAGUACUAAAACUGAAUGAGCAAGGCCUGUUGGACAAAUUGAAAAACAAAUGGUGGUACGACAAAGGCGAGUGCGGCAGCGGGGGAGGUGAUUCCAAGGAGAAGACGAGCGCUCUCAGUCUGAGCAACGUGGCCGGCGUCUUCUACAUCCUGGUGGGCGGCCUGGGCCUGGCCAUGCUGGUGGCUCUGGUCGAAUUCUGUUACAAGUCGCGGGCCGAGGCCAAGCGCAUGAAGGUGGCAAAGAGUGCACAGAACAUUAAUCCCACUUCCUCGCAGAAUUCACAGAAUUUUGCCACUUAUAAGGAAGGGUACAACGUGACCUUUUCGGACGCGAUGAGGAGCAAAGCGAGGUUGUCUAUCACUGGUAGUACUGGAGAGAACGGCCGCGUGAUGAGCCCAGAGUUUCCUAAAGGCGUGCCCGCCGUACCCUACGUCCGGCCUGGCGUGGGCAUGAGCGUCAGCCUAACUGACCUGUCCUGAGGGAUAAGACCCUGUCGAGUGCCUUAAACAAUGGAUUUCAAUAGAGCAAGUUCUUUCCCUCACCCCCUCUUCUCUUUUCUUCUCUCUCUAUUUUCUUUCUUUCUCUCUCUCUCUCUUUAUCUCACCCUAUUUAUAUGAAUGGGAAAAAAAGACAUUGUCCCUCCUCCAGCCCUUUGAAUAGACUCACAAUGCUAUCCCAAUUACAUCUAUCCCAACACAAUAGGGCCGUAUGUAACGGGUGACAUCAUUCCCCCAGUCGCGGAGAGGAGAAAAGUCGACUGAUGGAAGUUUGCACGGCAAGGAUUCCCCACGGGUGGGAAAACAGUCAUCGUCUGAAGAUUACUUGUGUUUUUUGUGUGUUUGUAGCUACUUCCACACCCCCAAAACCUUCAUGUUGGCUCAAGCACACUUCAUCAGGAUGUGCAAUGUUCUUUUAUUAAUAAAACAAACACAAAAAAUAGGUAUAAAAAAGUAUUUUUUAUGUAUUUUCACACAAAAAAGGCUUUUGAAGAGAUCUGCUUACAUACCAGUUGCAUAUAUACUUGUACAUCUUUAAUCUCUGCGUACUUUUAAAGCGUAGCUAUCAUUAGUUUCAUACUUUUUAAACGCCAAAUAUAUCGCUUAUCAUGUAAUUUAUUCUUAGUCUGACAAAGUUAUAACUUAAACUCAUUAACGUUUUGGUGUUACGAUGAUAUAAAAUAUCUAGCAAUGCUUGACAUUUGGAAUCUGUUUCUAAUAGUGGUGCCGCAUAUGUUAAUAUUGAUUUCAUCUCUCUGUUUCUUUUUUUUUCGCGAAUCUGGUUGUAUUUUCUUUCAUCAAAGAUCAGGGUAGCAAUUCUGAUGAUUAAAA